AACAACAACAACGAUGGCGGAAGAUCUGCGAGACCGCAACGAUCCGGAGCUGAAAUAUCUGUCCGUCGAGCGGAAUUCGUUCAACGAUCCCGCUACGCAAGCGGAGUGGACACAAAAGCGGUUAGUUUGGGUACCGCAUGAAUCACAGGGCUUCGUCGCUGCCAGCAUCAAAGGCGAGCGGGGCGAUGAGGUGGAGGUCGAGCUGGCCGAAACCGGCAAGCGCGUGCUGGUACUUAAGGAUGACAUCCAGAAAAUGAACCCGCCCAAAUUCGACAAAGUCGAAGAUAUGGCCGAGCUGACGUGUCUCAACGAAGCCUCGGUGCUGCAUAACAUCAAGGACCGAUACUACUCUGGUUUGAUAUAUACCUACUCGGGCCUGUUCUGCGUAGUGGUGAACCCGUACAAGAAGCUGCCUAUCUACACCGAGAAGAUCAUGGAGAAAUACAAAGGCAUCAAACGGCACGAAGUGCCACCACACGUAUUUGCGAUCACAGACACCGCCUAUAGAUCGAUGUUACAAGAUCGAGAAGAUCAGUCGAUUCUUUGCACUGGCGAGUCGGGCGCGGGUAAAACCGAAAACACAAAGAAAGUUAUCCAGUAUUUAGCGUACGUCGCCGCAUCGAAACCGAAGGGAUCUGUCGCGACACCAACGCCAGCACUUAUCAUCGGUGAAUUGGAGCAGCAAUUGCUUCAGGCAAAUCCCAUUCUGGAAGCGUUUGGUAAUGCCAAGACGGUGAAAAACGACAAUUCGUCUCGUUUCGGCAAAUUCAUUCGAAUAAACUUUGACGCUUCGGGCUACAUUUCCGGUGCGAACAUCGAAACGUAUCUGCUGGAGAAGUCACGUGCCAUUCGCCAAGCGAAGGAUGAACGUACAUUCCACAUCUUCUACCAGCUGCUGGCCGGUGCAUCGCCCGAACAGCGCGAACGCUUUAUCCUCGACGACGUCAAAACGUAUCCGUUCCUGUCGAACGGCGGGCUGCCGGUACCGGGCGUGGACGAUUACGCCGAGUUCCAGGCUACCGUUAAAAGCAUGAACAUUAUGGGCAUGACGGCCGAGGACUUUAACUCGAUCUUCCGCAUCGUAAGUGCAGUUUUGCUGUUUGGUUCGAUGACGUUCAAGCAGGAGCGUAACUCGGAUCAGGCAACACUGCCCGACAAUACGGUUGCGCAGAAAAUUGCUCACCUGCUCGGGCUGAGCGUGACGGACAUGACGAAAGCAUUCCUGACGCCCCGUAUCAAGGUGGGGCGCGAUUUUGUGACCAAGGCGCAAACGCGGGAACAGGUGGAGUUUGCGGUGGAAGCAAUCGCGAAGGCGUGCUACGAGAAGAUGUUCAAGUGGCUGGUGAACAGGAUAAAUCGAUCGCUCGAUCGUACCAAGCGCCAGGGUGCAUCCUUCAUCGGCAUUCUCGAUAUGGCCGGAUUUGAAAUAUUCGAGCUUAACUCGUUCGAACAGCUGUGCAUCAACUAUACGAACGAGAAGUUGCAACAGCUGUUCAACCAUACCAUGUUCAUCCUCGAGCAGGAGGAAUACCAGCGUGAAGGGAUCGAGUGGAAGUUUAUCGAUUUCGGGCUGGAUCUGCAACCGACGAUUGAUCUGAUCGACAAGCCAGGUGGUAUUAUGGCGCUGCUGGACGAGGAAUGCUGGUUCCCGAAAGCGACCGACAAAUCGUUUGUGGAGAAGCUGGCUGCCGCCCAUUCCAUGCAUCCGAAGUUCAUGAAGACGGACUUCCGAGGUGUGGCGGACUUUGCGGUGGUUCAUUACGCCGGCAAGGUGGAUUACUCAGCGACGAAAUGGUUGAUGAAGAACAUGGAUCCACUGAACGAGAACGUCGUUUCAUUGCUGCAAGCAUCGCAGGAUCCUUUCGUGGUGCAGAUCUGGAAGGACGCUGAGAUUGUCGGUAUGGCACAGCAGGCGCUCACCGACACGCAGUUCGGGGCCCGUACGCGCAAGGGUAUGUUCCGUACUGUGUCGCAUCUAUACAAGGAGCAGUUGGCGAAACUGAUGGACACGCUGCGCAACACGAACCCGAACUUUGUGCGCUGUAUCAUUCCGAACCACGAGAAACGGGCGGGCAAGAUCGAUGCACCGCUUGUGUUGGACCAGCUGCGCUGUAACGGUGUGCUCGAGGGUAUCCGUAUCUGUCGCCAGGGCUUCCCCAAUCGCAUUCCGUUCCAAGAGUUCCGUCAGCGGUACGAGCUGCUUACGCCGAACGUUAUUCCGAAGGGUUUCAUGGAUGGCAAGCGUGCCUGCGAGCAGAUGAUCAAAUCGCUCGAGCUCGACAGCAAUCUGUACCGUAUCGGGCAGUCGAAGAUCUUCUUCCGUGCGGGCGUGUUGGCUCAUCUGGAAGAGGAGCGUGACUACAAGAUUACGGAUUUGAUCGUCAACUUCCAGGCGUUCUGCCGUGGUUUCCUGGCCCGUCGCAACUAUCAGAAGCGACUGCAGCAGCUGAACGCGAUUCGCAUUAUUCAGCGCAACUGUGCCGCUUAUCUGAAGCUACGCAACUGGCAGUGGUGGCGUCUGUACACGAAGGUGAAACCGCUGCUGGAGGUGACCAAGCAGGAAGAGAAGCUUGUGCAGAAGGAGGAUGAGCUGCGCCAGAUCCGUGACAAACUGGAGAAUUUGUCCAAGAACUCGCAGGAGUACGAGAAGAAGUAUCAACAGGCAAUGGAAGAAAAGACACAUCUGGCCGAACAGCUGCAGGCGGAGAUUGAGCUUUGUGCCGAAGCGGAAGAAGGACGCGCUCGUCUAGUCGCUCGCAAACAAGAACUUGAGGAGCUUAUGCAGGAUCUUGAGUCACGCAUCGAAGAAGAGGAGGAACGCGUUAACGCACUGACGAGCGAGAAAAAGAAGCUGCAAAUCAAUAUCCAGGAUUUGGAGGAGCAGCUAGAAGAGGAAGAAGCUGCCCGCCAGAAGCUCCAGCUUGAAAAGGUCCAACUCGAUGCAAAGCUGAAGAAAAUGGAGGAAGACGUAGCGCUGAUUGAAGACCAGAACCACAAGCUGGUGAAGGAAAAGAAGCUGCUCGAGGAGCGUGCUAAUGACCUUUCUCAAACGCUCGCCGAAGAAGAGGAAAAAGCGAAACAUCUUGCCAAGCUGAAGGUGAAACACGAAUCAACGAUCGCAGAGCUGGAAGAGCGCUUGCUGAAAGAUCACCAGCAGCGCCAGGAAGCGGAUCGUUCAAAGCGAAAGAUUGAAACGGAAGUAGCGGACCUUAAAGAGCAGAUCAACGAGCGGCGCAUGCAGAUUGAGGAAAUGCAGCAGCAGCUGGUAAAACGUGAAGAAGAAUUAGCCCAAACGCUUGUGCGCAUCGACGAAGAGUCGGCCGCAAAGGCUGCGGCUCAGAAAACUCAGCGCGAACUCGAAUCACAGCUGGCCGAGAUUCAGGAGGAUCUGGAAGCGGAAAAGCUGGCCCGUUCCAAGGCGGAGAAGCAAAAGCGCGAUUUGAACGAGGAGCUCGAGGCGCUCAAGAACGAACUGUUGGAUUCUCUGGAUACUACAGCCGCACAACAAGAACUGCGUUCGAAACGGGAACAGGAGGUCGCCACACUGAAAAAGACGCUUGAGGAUGAGUCUGCCAACCACGAAUCGACACUGAUGGACAUGCGUCACAAACACGCGCAGGAAAUUUCCUCCAUCAACGAGCAGCUGGAAAAUCUGAAGAAGUUGAAGGGUGGACUGGAAAAGAGCAAGCAACAGCUUGAGGCAGAAAAUGCGGAUCUUGCCACCGAGCUGCGCAACGUAAAUCAAUCGCGUCAGGAGAACGAUCGUCGGCGUAAACAGGCGGAAACACAGAUCGCUGAGCUUCAGGUUAAAUUGACCGAAGUCGACCGUGUUCGCGUUGAGCUGCAGGAUAAGGUGACAAAGCUUCAGCAAGAAACGGAAAACAUCACGCAACAGCUGGACGAAGCAGAACUGAAGGCAUCGGCCGCGAUAAAGAGUGCCGGCAAUCUUGAAAGUCAGCUUACCGAAGCCCAGCAGCUGCUCGAGGAGGAAACGCGUCAGAAGCUUGCCCUGAGCUCUAAACUGCGUCAAAUCGAGUCGGAGAAGGAAGCGCUCCAAGAGCAGCUUGAAGAGGACGAGGAAGCAAAGACCAAUUACGAGAAGAAGCUGGCCGAACUGAACUUUACCAUUCAGGAUCUGAAGAAACGCUCCGAGGAAGAUUCGGACAUUGCCAAGGAGCUGGAAGAGUCGAAGAAAAAGAUGAACAAAGACAUCGAAACGCUUCAACGCCAGAUCCAGGAACUGCAGGCGGCUAACGAUCGUUUGGACAAGAGCAAGAAAAAGAUCCAGUCCGAGCUGGAAGAUGCUACCAUCGAGCUGGAAACGCAGCGCACCAAGGUGCUGGAGUUGGAAAAGAAGCAGAAGAACUUCGACAAAGUGUUGGCCGAGGAGAAGGCAAUCGGUGAGCAGGUGGCCCAGGAGCGUGAUGCUGCCGAGCGUGAGGCGCGCGAGAAGGAAACGAAGGUUCUUUCGCUGUCCCGCGAGUUGGAUGAAGCGUUUGAGAAGAUUGACGAGCUGGAAACGAAGCGAAAGGGUCUGCAGAAUGAGCUGGACGAGCUGGCAAAUACACAGGGGACAGCCGACAAAAAUGUGCACGAGCUUGAAAAGGCAAAGCGGGCCCUAGAAAGCCAGCUGGCAGAACUAAAAGCACAAAACGAGGAGCUCGAGGACGAUCUGCAGCUGACCGAGGAUGCCAAGCUGCGGUUGGAGGUGAACAUGCAGGCACUGCGCGCACAAUUCGAACGUGACAUUCAGGCAAAGGAGGAACAGUCGGAAGAGAAGCGUCGCGGGCUGGUCAAAGCGUUGCGCGAUCUCGAGGCCGAGUUGGAUGAGGAGCGUAAGCAGCGUGCGGCAGCGGUAGCCGCGAAGAAAAAGCUCGAGGGCGACAUCAAGGACAUGGAGGCCACGCUCGAGAUGAACAACAAGGUAAAGGAGGACGCACUGAAGCAGGCAAAGAAGCUGCAGGCACAAAUCAAAGAUGCGAUCCGUGACGCCGAGGAAGCUAAGGCGGCUAAGGAGGAGUUAGCCGCCAUUAGUAAGGAGUCCGAGCGCAAGGUGAAAACGCUCGAAGCGGACGUAAUGCAGCUGUCCGAGGAUCUUUCCAGUUCGGAGCGGGCGCGCCGUGCCGCCGAAGGCGAACGGGACGAGCUGCUCGAGGAAAUCAACUCCAACUCCAACAAGGGUUCGCUCAUGAUCGAUGAAAAGCGACGCCUCGAGGCACGCAUUGCCACACUCGAAGAAGAGCUGGAGGAAGAACAAUCUAACCUUGAACUGAUGGUGGACCGAAACCGUAAGGCGCAGCUAACGAUCGAGCAGCUGACGACCGAGCUGGCGACGGAGAAAUCCAACGCCCAGAACAACGAAGCGCUCAAGUGUGGCCUCGAGCGGUUGAACAAGGAACUGAAGGCGAAACUGUCUGAACAGGAGACGGCACUGCGCACGAAGCUGAAGGCGGCUACGGCCGCAUCUGAGGCGAAGAACAUGAACCUGGAGAAGCAGCUCGAAAACGAAACGAAGGAACGGUUGGCGGUGCAGAAGGCAAACCGCAAGCUGGAAAAACGCAUCAAGGAGCUGACGAUGAACAUCGAAGACGAGCGACGACAUGCCGAUCAAUUUAAGGAGCAGAUCGAAAAGGCCAACAAUCGCAUGAAGACGCUGAAACGCAACUUGGACGAGGCGGAAGAAGAGAUCCAGAAGGAGAAAACACUGAAACGGAAGGCCCAGCGAGAGUGCGAGGAUAUGCUCGAAAGUCACGAAGCACUAUCACGGGAGGUGAACGCACUGAAGUCAAAGCUGAGACGGGGUGGCGCAAUGGGCAGUCUCAGCUCGUCCCGAUUGACACCGAAACGCGAGAACGACUCGAUCUCGGUGCAGGAUGAAUCGCUCGAUGGCGAAGAUAACAGCAACUGACGAAAGACGUCUUCCAAUGGCAAACAGUAGCAGCAGCAACAGUAUCAAUCGCAACACCAACAACUCUACCACCAUUCCGGCGGCAACCUUU